AUGUUCGACCACUUCCGCAUCCACGUCAUGAAGGACGCCAGCAAAGCCGCACCGCACAUGCGAAUCGUCCAGACAACAGUCGGUGAAUAUGAUCAUGAAAUUGCAACAUUUGUACUAGCUACCGCAAAUUCAAAGCUCUAUGUUGCCAUCAAGAGAGGCAUUAUCCACUCCUAUGACCUCAAUACCACCGAUGUAUCAACAUGGUAUCAGAAGUCCGGAUACAUCGCACCAGUACGCGUCGAUCUCACUAGAAUGUACACAGAAGCUCUGGCUUCGUACCACCCCUUUCGUUGGCGAAAGGGUGAGCCGUCUGACGCUAUCUUCAAGAAGAAGCAGCAUCCGCUCGUGGUGGCUGAGGGUCAGAAGAAUUUGUACGUUCGCGCGAGAUUGCUACGUUGUGAGUUUUUCCGCGAUCAUCCACAUCCAAACAUUGCCAAGUAUCGCGGUGUGGUUGCCAAAGACAGCUUAAAGUUUGGCAAGGGUAGGUCGGCGGUGACUAUAGAGCUUGAUACGAAGCGUGUGUACGCACUCGUUUUCAAGCGAUAUGACUGCGAUCUCUGGGCGAUGGUAGAGAAACGCAAGCGCUUCGAUGUCCGAUAUUGUCUGCAGUCGAUAGAAGCGGGCAUUCUAUACAUGCACAGCUUAGGCCUCUCGCACACCGAUAUCAAGCCAGACAAUAUCUUCGUGGAGAAGACGCAUUCUUCAUCGCGCCCGCAUGAGUUCGUCCUCGGGGACUUUGAUAGUACUGCACGUAUUGGAUCUGGGAUUGUUAUCAAAGGCGGAGAUUGGGCGUGGUCACCGCGUAAAGCUGAAGGUGAGCCGAUCCAUGACACUGAUGAUUGGUACGCUUUUCAGAAUCUCAAGAUAUGGGUUGUGCGAGAGAUGGGCGGGAGGAUUGAGGAUUAUGAUGGAAUUGGGAAGUGGAUUAAGUCAGCGCAGGGUCCGCAACUUAGUCGCUAG